CAGGACCUUGAGCUGUAAAGUGUAGAUAUCACCCUACUCAGGUUGUAUUGUGUUCGUGUGAGUUACAAUGGAGUACUCAUAUUUGGAUUAUUUGGGCGACCUACCAGAUAUUCUGGAUGAUGAUUUAGAGCUGAUAGAUAUUAUCGAGGUGGGACUACCCAGGCGCAUUUAUAGUCGGCCAAAUUACUUUGAAGAAAUGGAGCCACCGGGUUUUUUCAGAAGGUUCCGGUUAUACAAGGAAACAGUGUUGCAUGUAUUAUCGCAACUAGAUGAUCAAUUAGAGUAUCAUCAUGACAGGAAUCACAGCAUUUCACCAAUGAAUCAGCUUUUAUGCUGCUGAGGGUACUAUGCCAGUGCAGGCCAUAUUAGGCAAACUGCUGAUUUUAUGGGAAUGGAUGCAAGCAUAGCCUGCAGAACUGCUGGAAAGGUAUCAAGAACUAUAGCCAGCUUAUUCCCAAGUUAUGUCAAAAUGUCCACAGAAGCUAAUAUCAUAAUGGAACAGAAUAAAUUUUAUCAUAUUGCUAGGAUUCCUAAGGUCAUAGGUGUUGUAGAUGGUACCCAAAUUAGGAUUCAAUCUCCUGGUG